AUGGCGGUAGAGCUGUGGGUGACCCUGCAGGAGGUCCUGGAGCUGGACAGCCACCACAGCUGGAUCUACUUGAGACGCUCUCGCCGCAGGCGAUUUGUGCGUGGAUCGUUCGGCGAGGCAGUCCUGGUGGUGGAGGGUACGGUCCUGCUGGUGCUGGAGUUGCUAGUCCUGGAGGUACUGCUGGUGCUGGAGGUACUGGAGGUACUGCUGGAGGUGCUGCUGGUGCUGGAGGUACUAGAGGUGCUGCUGGUACUGGAGGUGCUGGAGCUACUAGUCCUAGAGGUGCUACUGGUGCUGGAGGUGCCGGACCUACUAGUCCCGGAGGUACAGCUGGUGCUGGAGGUGCUGCUGGUCCUGGAGGCGUUGGAGCUUGAGGUUCUGGUCCUAGAGGUGCUCGUACCGGAGGAGCUGGAGCUGCCGGAGUUGGUGGUGCUAUUCGUGCUGGAGGUGCUACUGGAGCUGCUGGCAGUGGAGGUGCUGGAGGUACUGCUGGUGCUGGAGGCGCUGGAGCUGGAGGUACUAGAGGUACUGGAGUUGCUGGAGCUGCUGGUCCUGGAGGUUCUCGUACUAGAGGUGCUGGAGCUGCCAGAGCAGGUGGUGCUGCUGGUGCUGGAGGUGCUGGAGGUGCUGGAGGUGCUAGUAGAGCUACUGGUGCUGAAGGUACUGGUGCUGCUGGUGCUGGAGGAGCUGGAGCUGGUGUCUCCGCCACAGCUACUGCCUGGCUCCUCGCUGCCUGCUCCUGCUCCUCACACUGAGGUGACUUAG